UGCGGGCCUGGCGGGGGUGAGAACUUCGCGGGGAGUCGGCGCCGGGACUGCUAUAAUCCAGGAAUGUUACUGAUGAAAUGACAUUGCAGGAGGUUAUUGCUGCACUGCAUUUCUUGGAUGAAAGCCAAACAGUUACUUUCUGUAGAGUGGGUAAAACCCCCUAAUUGCUUAUUUACAUGUGUAGAUCACUGCGUUACUGUGUUAGUCACUGUCUCUAUGUAGCAAUGACAAGGCUGGAAGAAGCAAACAGAGAAGUGAACAUGCAUUCGUCGGUCCGAUACCUUGGCUAUUUAGCCAGGAUCAACAUAUUGGUUGCUAUAUGUCUGGGCCUUUAUGUCAGGUGGGAGAAGUCUGCAGAUGCACUAAUACUGGUAAUAUUUAUUCUGGGACUUUUUGUUCUUGGAAUUGCCAGCAUACUUUAUUAUUAUUUUUCAAUGGAAGCAGCAAGUUUGAGUCUCUCCAAUCUUUGGUUUGGAUUCUUGCUUGGCCUCCUCUGUUUUCUUGAUAAUUCCUCUUUUAAAAGUGACGUGAAAGAAGAAACAACCAAAUACUUGCUCCUUACCGCCAUAGUUACAAGGAUAUUGUGUGCUUUGGUGGAGAGGAUUUGCGGCUGUGUCCAUCACCGACCAACUCUGCUGACAACAGUUGAAUUUCUGGAGCUGGUUGGAUUUGCAAUUGCCAGCACAACUAUGCUGGUUGAAAAAUCCAUGAGUAUCAUCUUGUUGGUUGUGGCUUUGGCCAUGCUGAUUAUUGACUUGCGGAUGAAGUCUUUCUUGGCAAUUCCAAAUUUGGCAAUUUUUGGAGCUCUGGCAUCUUUAUUGUUUUUUACUUCCCUGAACAUUCCCACAAACCCAUUUGCCUUGGCCUGUUUCUUUAGUUGCCUGAUUUCAGACCCUCUUCUUGAUGUCUACUUCAGCGGACUUUCAGUUACCGAACGAUGGAAGCCCUACUUGUACCGUGGUAGAAUUUGCAGAAGGCUUUCAGUCAUCUCUGUUGGAGUAAUUGAAUUUAUCUUUUUCAUUCUAGCAGCAUUUAAAUUAGGUGACUUGGGUCUCUGGUACUUCGUUAUACCUGGGUUUUCCAUUUUUGGAAUUUUCUGGAUGAUCUGCCACAUUAUUUUUCUUAUAACUCUUUGGGGAUUUCAUACAAAAUUAAAUGACUGUCACAAAGUCUAUUAUACCCACAGGGCAGAGAAUAAUAGCCUUGACCGAGUCAUGGCUUCUAAAGGAAUGCGUCAUUUUUGUUUAAUUUCAGAGCAACUAGUAUUUUUCAGUCUCCUUGCAACUGCAGUUUUGGGUGCUGUAACUUGGCAGCCAAAGAAUGGGAUCUUCAUGAGUGUGUUUCUGAUUGUUUUACCUCUGGAGUCAAUGGCUCAUGGGCUUUUCCAUGAACUGGGGAACUGCUUGGGAGGAACAUGUGUUGGAUAUGCUGUUGUGAUUCCCACCAACUUCUGCAGUCCUGAUGGUCAACCCACGCUUCUUCCACCUGAGCAUGUGCAAGAGUUAAAUUUGAGGUCUACAGGCAUGCUCAAUACCAUCCAGAGGUUUUUUGCAUAUCACAUGAUUGAAACAUAUGGCUGUGACUAUUCUACAAGUGGACUUUCUUUUGAUACACUUCAUUCUAAGCUGAAAUCUUUUCUUGAACUUCGGACUGCAGACGGACCCAGACAUGAUACCUAUGUUUUAUAUUAUAGUGGUCACUCCCAUGGCACUGGUGAAUGGGCACUAGCAGGUGGCGAUGCAUUACGGCUUGACACGCUUUUGGAAUGGUGGAGAGAGAAGAAUGGUUCUUUUUGUUCACGACUUAUAAUUGUGUUAGACUGUGAGAACUCCCAGCCUUGGGUUAAAGAAGUAAGAAAAGUAAAUGAUCUAUAUAUUGCAGUACAAGGAGCAGAAUUUGCCAGAGUGGUAGACAUUGAGGAAGCAGACCCUCCGCAACUUGGUGACUUUACCAGAGAAUGGGUCGAAUACAACUGUAACCCUGACAAUAGCAUCAGCUGGUCUGAAAAGGGCCGUGCGGUGAAAGCAGUGUACGGUGUGUCAAAACGCUGGAGUGACUAUACUCUACAUUUGCCAACAGGAAGUGAUAUUGCCAAACACUGGAUGAUGUACUUCCCUCGUGUUACCUAUCCAUUGGUGCAUUUGGCAAACUGGUUUUGUGGUCUCAAUCUGUUCUGGGUCUGUAAGGCUUGUUUUAGAUGCUUGAAAAGAUUAAAAAUGAAUUGGUUUCUUCCCACAGUGCUGGACACAGGACAAGGCUUCAAACUUGUCAAAUCAUAAUUAAAAACCAAAGAGGAGUAAAAGUGGGAGCUCUGGGAACUUUCCCACUCUCAGAUUUGAUUGACUUGCAAUUUUUUAUAUGUAACAGUUUUCUCUGUUGAAGAAAUCUUGCUACUUCAGUAGCUAUACUCACUGUGUUCAUCUUUUUGAGCAAUUACAGUAUAUGCAAAGCGUUGGAAGCUUCAUUCUAAAAUGAGGAGGAUAAGAUUAUACUAUUUGAAUUUUGUUACUGAGUUGUAUAUAAACAUGUAAAAGAUUUAUUAAAUAUGACCAUGCACUUUGGAGACAGUUUGCAUGUUCAUAUGUGCUAAACAGAAAGCUGCCUGUGUUCAAAACCAACAAAUUACAGGCUUUAAUAAGCUAUGGCUCAUAUGAUGAUACAUGGCAAUUAUAUCCCUCUCAAACAUCAAAUACAGGAAAGGAAACAAGCCAGUGUUCAGAUCACUUUAUUAUGCCCUCACACUUCUAUGAUGGAUUUCAGAGUAUUAUAGAACACAGAGUCAAAAAAUAAAAAACUCAAGAAGCACUGUAGGUAUCUGCAAGGAUAUUUAGAUUCAAUUACAUUAGCAUUCUCAGUACCUGCCUGAGGCUCCCAUUGACAACAAUAGGAGUUGCCCACACAGAGGGAGGGAAUGAAAUGGGUCUUUGUUAGAACAUUGUGUGGUUCCAACCAUGUUCUUGUUGACAGCCAACAAAGAGGGGUUUUCAAAUGUGAUUUUUAAAACGUUCCAUAUUUUUUUCAAAAUAAAUUCAGUCUCUCAGGUGAUAUUUUCUUUUUUAAAAGAGUUAAUAGAUAUAAGGCAUAUUAAAUGUGCUAAAAGGUUGGGGUGGGGAGCGGCUGUCCCGUCAGAUCUCCGGGACUUCCAUCAGUUUGGCUUUUGAAUUAUUUCCUCUGCAGAAAAACUCAAAAUAAAGGAAGCUACUUAGAAAGAAAUUAUGCAAAGUUUACAUAUGUAUGAAUAACAAAAUGGGAAGUUCAGAGGUAACCUUGCCCCCAGGUUCCUUAUCUGAAAUCUCUGCUGUGCCUAGACCCCAGGCCUGUGGAGUGCUGAGUAUAGGAUUGAAUCCAGGGGGGUGAUUCUCUCUUUUUUUUUUAAACUGAAACCAGACAAUUUGACAGGGAGAGUUGGGUUUUCCCUUUGUUGGGGAAAUGAGUCCUCUCAGCCCUGAGUAUCCCUCUUUUUGGGGGACCUGUCAGCAUUGCUCCUCCAGUCAGAGAUGUUUGUCAGUUAAUAUGAGGUAACAGUCGCAGAACUCUCUGGCACCACAGUACUCUUAGCCCUUGUUCACCUGAAGUGCAGGAAACCAAGAGUUGUAGGCUGCUGGGUGGAUCCACUUAAUGUUGUUUCAGUGUGUGUGUGUGUGUGUGUGUGUGUGUGUAUGAAUAAUUUAUAAGAUUUGGGAUUUACAUCAUUCGUUCACCAGCAUUUUAGUAAAAAAUCAAGUCACUUUAUAAAUAAGACAUUAGCUGAGGAAGUUGCCUGAAAUGUAGCUGUCGUUGAAACAUCUGAAAAAGAAUGUUAUGCACUCUGUAACUGUUUGACUUCUGAGGGUUCGUAGCCUGCUGGGUUUUUUAACUUAAUGGUCAACUCAUUUAGAUAAUUUGCCAAUCCUGGUACAUAUUAAUUUGUAAACCCUACAAGAGAGGAAAUAUUCUAGUAGUAAUUGCUGGGCAUGCCAGCAAUCCCAGUAACUCAUUGUUCCUUCAAACUCUCAAUUCCAACGUGUUAAAUUCACUGGCAAGUUAGGGCACCUUCCCUAAAUUUCUUUUAUUCUCCUGAGUUGUGCAAGUUAGUUUAGCAAGAAAAUCACCAUUCCCUCCCUGCCACAAAAAGGGAUGGGGAGCUAAGGUGGGUGCGGGACAAAUCAAAUCAAAUAAACUGUCAAGUUUCAUUCCAUUCAACCAUUUGAAAAUAACUACUGAACUAAUGGUAACUAAGAAAUUCCAAAGAGAAAGCAAUAGAGGAAGAGAGAACACUGUGUUCCAAAAAGGGAAGCACUAUCUUAAUCUUACAGGGCUGGUCUACAAAAGUAUUUUUCAGCUAUUUCUGAGUGACAAACAUUGGGUCUGGAUGGGAGGGAUCUUCAAACAGUUAUUUGUCUUGGUAAAAUGAUUGUUAUUUUGGCUGCAGUUUUGGUAACUAUUUAGUUGCAAUAAUAGACUAUUCCAUCUAGAUGGCUCAUAGUACCCAGACAAAUCUGGGUGUAAUGUAAUGUAAAUGUAUAAUGACAGAUUUAACUAGUUAACUAUGUCUCUUUAAAGCCCCAUUAUUAGGACAUAGUUACAACACAAACUUUUACAAGUCAAGAAAUUAGAACAUUGUAAUUCAAAAAAACAUAAACAUGAAUCUGGAAAUACUGUUGAUUUCAUCACCAGCCUUAACUCUUCCUCUUGCUUAUUCACUAUGGACUGGUGGACGAUCCUUUACUCUCUAGUUGCAACUGGAGAAAUCUUGUGUUGAUAUGAACUACAUCAGUAUAUUCUGCUGUUGUACAAUGAUAUAACUGGCUUUCAUCCAUGUAGCCAGUAUUGGUUACAGAGGGAGCCCAUCAUUGGAGAGUAUAUUAGAGGUUUGUGGCCUAUAUGUUGUGAGAAGAUAUAGAAAUGUUGAUAUUGUGCCUGCAUAUGAAAGUGUGAGAUCUCUGACCUAUGCUGGGAGCAUGAAUGGCCUAGUGUGGGGAAGCCAGUCCAUAGUGCAAUGAUGGGCAGGGACAGAGGGCAAUAUGUCAAAUAAUGUCUGCUGUGGCAAGGAAGGGGCAGAUCCUGUAGACCCUAUUUAGUGGAUGGGUUUACAGUUUAUCUACUGGCCUGCUGUGUUAUCUCUAGGAUAGUGGGAAUGGUCUUUAGCCUGUAGUUGAAAGAUGGAUGGGGGAUAUUGCUAUUGAUUAAGAAGGCAGAGAUAAAGUUGGUGUUUGGAAACUUAACUGAGUAUCUCUCUAUUUUCCCAUGUGUGUGUUUUAACUACAACAUUCUAAUUUCCUGAGUUUCAAAUACUUGUGUUUUAACCUGAACUCAAAAGUCCCUCACUUUCAGACUUUUAAGAAUAACAAUGGUAUUCUAAUAAUACUAUUUUAAAUGUAAAGAUGUGUUUAUAGCCAUACUAACUGGGCUUUUUGUCUGGAAUCUUCCUUUCCCACUGUCCAAAAGAACAUGCUGUCCAUCUGUUUUUAAUCCAAAAAAAAACCCAAAAAAGGGGUUGGGAGCCUACAGAACUCAAACGCAUUAAUUCUGAGUGGCACUGACUUUCAUGCCCUGUUGUCUAGCAGCAUCAAUGACUGCAGAACUCCAUACUUCUGUGGCUGGCUUUCUGUACAGGUGCCACAAGAUCAGCAGGGGUGCAGCUGGAAUUCUCUAGAGGUGUUGUGGCAUCCAAGCAAUUAUAGGGCCAUGCCCCAACUUCAUGUGGCUGCAAACUCCUCUGGAGGGGGUAAUACAUCAGAAACUGCACGAGGCAAUGACUUAUCCCUAAGGUUGGUCAGGAUUGAACAGACAACAUUUAACGAUACCUCAAGUUAUUGAUUUUGUUGACAGAUACUGGAGCAUAGACAACAUGAUGACAUUCCUGUGGAACUGUGACCUGCCUAGUGUUAAGCAGAAGUGAUUUUAGGAACAUUUGCAAGCUCCAGCCCUGCUACAAGGUCCAUGCAGGCAAACCUCAGUGAGACUUACUUCAAUGGAACUCUGCCUAAAUUGAUCCUGGUGUAGGGUUGGGGGCAUAUUUGAAUCUCAGUGCCAUAUGGUGCUAUUUAAAUCUGAUUCCAAAGAGUAUCUCAUUUGAGCAAAUGCUUGGGAAUGAGCAGUAUGGAGUCAACAGGUGACUCAAGAUUUGAGCUUAAUUUGCAGGUACUUGACUUCUGCGCUUUACAUUCAGCCACUCAUUCAAAAGGUAUGUAUUUUUACCACAGCUGUGGACUCACUUUAUGUUGGCUUGGUUUACAUUUCAGUUACCUUCUUUACAGGAACAUCCUUGCUGAAACAUACAGAUGCACUGACUCCUGAUAACAAUUGUCUUGAAAUGGACUGCAUAUUGAAAAUAUACAGUGAUGUUUUUCUCUGAAACACAGGAUGAAUCCAUUUGCUUUUUUAAAAUGUUUGCACUAUCACUUCUGUAUCUCCACUUUUUUGUUUGUACUUUGGGAGUUUUGGUUUUGUUGUCUUCAGAUAAAACAUUUCCUAGGAUUUUUUUUUUAAUUUAUAAGUUCUUUUUCCCUUCAGUUUGCAAGGUGAUAAUCUAACGGGGUGCUACACUUGAGUGAUUAGAUGGCAUUUUCAGUGUGUUGCCUGCGCUGGAUAGUGUAAUUGGGUGAAAUUCCUUGAUUAUAAAUGGUUAGAAUUUUUGUUUGGGGAGAUUUUUUAUAUAGUUGGUUUUAGAUUCUGUAAAUGAAUAUUUGUGUGUGGUAAUAUUAUUGCUCAAAUAUAUUUUGCUGUUUUGGA